AUGGAAGACGAUGUGAACAGCAUCUUCGAUCGGCCGGUGCGCGAUCUGCUCUACCAGAAGGUGCAGCGACUCGAGCGCGAAGAAGGGCACCAGAUGGGUGGCGCCGCCACUUGUCCUCGAAACGACUCAAACUUCUCCUACGGCCGACGAGUACCUCGUCAUGUGAAGGAGCAAGAGUGGAACCUAUCGAGCUUAAUCCAGGCGCAGGAGGAGCAGCGCUCGCUGGAAUGCUACGAAAUCAACAUUGAUCCCAUCGUGCGGCACAAACUAGCCAAGCUGUUGCUGCUCAAUGGUGUGCUGCUGGACCGAAAUCCAGGCGUGUACAAGCAGCUGCUGAACUACCCUCGGGCCGAGGUGGAGCUGCGAGGCGAUAUCGCCAAAGACGUGGACAGGACCUUCAUCGAGUACCGACUGUUCUCCAACGGGAACAAGGGGCAGGGCAUGCUGUACCGGGUGCUUGCGGCAUAUGCCGUUUACAACCCGGAGAUCGGCUACUGCCAGGGCAUGAACGUUCUCGCCAGCGUGCUCCUUCUGGCCCGCUUCUCCGAGGAGGAGACCUUCUGGGCGCUCACGCGACUCAUGAAGGAGUACUCGAUCGAGCAGAUGUUCCUCCCCGGCCUCCCCGGCGUGCGUCGGUCUAUCGAGAAGUUCAACGAGCUCUUUGAGUUCCUCCUGCCCAAGCUGGCCAAGCACUUUGCCAAGGAGGGCAUCGAGAGCACCAUGUACCUCUCCAAGUGGUUCAUGACCCUCUACGGAUCGGUGCUGCCGCUCGAGUUGGUGUUCAAGGUGUGGGAAGAGUUCCUCGCCACCGGCAGCUGGUCCGUGCUGUGGGCCGUCGGCCUUUCGCUCCUCCACUUGUUUGAAGAUGAGCUGCUCAAGCGACCCUUCGAGGGCAUCCUGCUCUUCAUCCAGUCGCUGCCUCUCGAGAAGCUCGACGAAGGCGCCGUCCUCGACCAGACCGCGGCCUUCCGCAAGCAGAUCCGCGAGGCCAAGUGGGCGCAGGAGUCCCUCUUUGCCCUCCUCGCCUGA